AUGGCACUCGAGUCGACGCGGUUCGGAUCUACCUUCUCUUCGCCUGAGCCCAAGCGAAGUUGCAUGUGUGGCCAGAACGUCGAGAUGGAUGACAUCUUUUGCUCGGUUGCUUGUGCAAGGACGGAUGCGAUGUCCGCCUUGUGUUUCAACGAUGCUUCUCGCCGGACCUCUGAACAAUCCCUAUCUGCCAUUUUGGAAGACGGCCCAUCCAACCCCAACCAGUCGGGCAACCCGGAAUCGUCCGCCUCUCUACCUGUGACCUCAUCCAGCCCAUCCGACCGAUUCGCCGACGCGCCGUUCGACUACUCUGCCCACGCCUCCAAGUCUAACUUCCCCAUCACGGCCUCGUUGCACGAAUCCGUCUCCCACCCUUACGCGCACGCCAACGUGGAAUGGAGCGCGUCUCAUUAUCGACGACAAGCUCUGGAGGAGAUGAUGAAAGAGGAGAGGAGGAGGAGACGGUACGACCGGUCAGGACAUGCGGAUUCUAUGGGUAGUAACGCCAGUUCGUCCAUGUCUCUGUCGGCGGGGAGGAUCCCAGAGUUGAUAGGGGGUGCCAGGGGGGAUGCUCACGGGAGGAACGAGAGUUGGGCAUCAACCGUCUCGGGCAGUUCCAUCUCGACCACCGCUGGUGCCACAGCAUCUAUGGCUUCCGUUAACGAAUCUACCAGGUCAAGGUUCGGUGCCAAGGAGAUGAACAAGGAGGAAAAACAAGAAUUCCUACUCGGACCCGAUUCUACUUUCGCCUCUAGGACCCACGGGUACGGCUUCUCCAACUCUGACUCGCAUACGUUGGACAUGAACGCAUUCUCCCUGGAAUCGUACGAGAAGCAAGGUGUACCCGGAUCGAGCGGCCCUAAGCGGUUCAAGCUGGGUAUGAGGAACCGGUCGACUUCGGAUGGGACCGGAUUGAUCGCACAGGAGGAGCAGGGGUGUAACGUGUCUAUGCCCGGAGCGAGUGCGGGCAAAGGGAGGAAGUUGAGACGGCCUUCGUUCGUCCUGCGGGAGGUUGGCUCUCAGGGUCAGACUCAGAGUCAGCUUCAUCCGGGACUGCGAUCCGCUUCCUCGUCUUCGUCAUCGUCGUCAUCCACAUCUGCAUCAGCAUCUGUAUCGAUCGGGAACGACGACAUGAAGGACGUCUUGGACGAGAUCAUUCGGAUGGAAAAGGGAUUCUCGCUAGAGAGCGACAAGGAGGUCAGCGAGGAAGAGAGGGAUCCUUUGUAUGGGAAGACGAGCGUCAGGUCGAACAGGUACCCUGCCUCUGGUCUUGGAAGGGCUAACAAGAUGGGUGAUAUUCCGGCCACUCCCAUGGCAGGUGUGGAGAGGGCUCGGGAAUUGACGAUGCAGCCUCCACCUGCGCCCAAGGCGGCUGGGGCGUAUGCGACCGAUGACACUCCGUUGCCCUUGAUGAGGCCGGUCUCAGUGACUUCGGCCACGACGCCGUCCCAUCAACUCGGUCACCUACCGUCGAAAUCUCUGAGCUCGUUGUUGUUGCCACCCAAGGAUUACCCCGAGGGUAAUUGGGAGCUCUCUCCGGGGAGCGGACAUCCGACAAAGGUCCGAUCGAGGCCUACGAGCGUAUCCAUCUCGGGCAACCACCGUCAUCUGAGAGGUCUUUCGAGCGGACAAGACGUACUAGACGCCAUCAUGGGACAACAGGGACAGGAGCAGGAGCGGGAAGAGGAUGUUGUCACUGAUCUCGUCAACGGCGGAGUAGGCAAGGAGAAGCGGAUGUCGAGGAUGUCCAGGGAGUUUAGUCCGGAAUCCCAGGCGAGAGGUCACAAGAUCCGCCGAAGUCUCACUUUUGAGAACACGCCGACGGGUCCAAGGUUCCCUAGUGGGGUCAUUCUCGGUUCUGGUGGGACUACGCCCAAGGGAAUGGGUAUGGGGAUGAGCUUGGAUACGCCACCGUCGGCCUGGGAUUCGAGCAUGUCGAUGUCAUCCUCGCGUCGCGCUCGAGGGAAAAAGGUACUGGACGACUCGGUAACGAGGUUCCAGUUCCCCCUCCGUCUCGAUACCGAUCUGGGUACCAACGCUCUCCAUGCCGGUCGACCCGAGAUAAAGAUCGAUGGUGUGUCGGGUACGACCGCUGGAUUCCUCGCCGCGGCGCAUCAAUUGGAUACCAGCGACCUCCUCACCCCAACCCAGAGCCAAUUCGAUAGCGCAGCUAGCGACUACUUGACCCCGGUCAACCGUUCGUCCGGGCUCAACGCGCAUACCGUCGGGACCCUCGAGCCUUCUCUCUUUCCUCCUACUCCAGGCAAGUCGUUCGCUCCUGCUGGACAGGACCACGCUGGACUCGGAUCGGGGAUCAGGUUUGGCGGGCUCCUGAACACGGGCACGCAUGACGAUCAGGAUAUGGAAUUCUGA